UGAGGAGAGACAUUUAUUGCCAUAGUCUUUUUUAUGCCUAUUCACGUGAUAGGAUGAAAAGUUUAAAAUGAUAUUUAAAAUGUUCUUUAGGAUCUGUGUACAUAGCGAAAACCUCUGUGUUGAAGCAAGAUAAUGUCUGAGGCGGAGAGGGUGAUCUGCAGGGUUGAUAGGGCUAACCGCUCUGCACCAGGCUCCUCUGAUAACAGCUGUGUUAGACCGGCUGAGAACAUUCAUCGUCCUCACAUACAGCAGGCUGUGAACCAGUUACAGACCUUCAAAGACCUUAUUAACAGACUCUCUGCCACCAUGUCUGAAAAGGAACCUGCAGACUCUGGAAAAUCGUGCUUAGUGGGGAAGAAGGAAAACCUCAUAGAGGCCAAACGCACCAGCGUCACCGUGGGCGACCGGGUCGUAGUCGUCAUUUAUCACCAGGGAGUUUUCUAUGCUAUGGACCAACACUGCUAUCAUGCAGGUGGAUCUUUGUUGAAUGGAGAUAUUGAGGAAAUCGACAACAGGCUCUGCAUUGUGUGCCCAAAGCACAAGUACAAGAUCAGCAUGGCAGAGGGCGAGGGGCUUUACAUCUCUAAUCCAAAAGACAAAGACCAACCCCCUUGCUGGAAGUCCAAAGGCAUAAAGCAACGAGUACACAAGGUGACUGAGGUGGACGGGGACAUAUAUGUGACGCUGUCUGAAACCCCUGGGUGGAUCGACUCGGACUAUUAUCAGAGUGAACAAGGUAGAAUGGAUCUAAAGUUAGCGAAGGAAUUAGACAUUGCUAAAUCAAAAAGCAGCUAAAUUGCCUGGCAUGACCAAUGAGCGGAAAGUUUCUCAGUGCAUGAGGACAUAGCGUGGGGAUAAAAAAACAGAUAUUUAUUGCUAGCUAUUUUUCUUAAUUUCAAUGACUGUCAGCACACUUUAAGCAUUAUAAUUAUUAUUAUAUAAGGAAUAAAACACCAUGAUGAUUAGCACUUGACAGGAUGGUGUGAUGCAGAGAGCUGUUCCCAUCCCAGAAUUGUUACAGAAUACCAUGAAGUGUUUUAUUCCUCUUAUACCUCAACAAUGCUUAUUCACAAUGCCAACAUUUUUAUUUAUUAAAGAUUGACACUUUUUAAUUUGAUCUGUUCAUGGUUUCAUUAAAUGUUGUGGAACGUCUGUGGAAUAAACCAUCAUUCCUUA